AUGGCGGAGAACGAUGUGGACAACGAGCUCUUGGACUAUGAAGAUGAUGAGGUGGAGACCGCAGCUGGGGGAGAUGGGGCUGAGGCCCCUGCCAAGAAGGAUGUGAAGGGCUCCUAUGUCUCCAUCCAUAGCUCUGGCUUUCGGGACUUCCUGCUCAAGCCAGAGUUGCUCCGGGCCAUUGUUGACUGUGGCUUUGAACAUCCAUCAGAAGUUCAGCAUGAGUGCAUCCCUCAGGCCAUUCUGGGAAUGGACGUCUUAUGCCAAGCCAAGUCGGGCAUGGGGAAGACAGCAGUGUUUGUGCUGGCCACACUGCAGCAGCUGGAGCCGGUCACUGGGCAGGUGUCUGUGCUGGUGAUGUGUCACACCCGGGAGCUGGCUUUUCAGAUCAGCAAAGAGUAUGAGCGCUUCUCUAAGUACAUGCCCAAUGUCAAGGUGGCAGUGUUUUUUGGAGGCCUGUCCAUCAAGAAGGACGAAGAGGUGCUGAAGAAGAACUGCCCGCAUAUCGUCGUGGGGACCCCUGGCCGCAUCCUAGCCUUAGCUCGAAAUAAGAGCCUCAACCUCAAACACAUUAAACACUUUAUCUUGGAUGAAUGUGACAAGAUGCUUGAACAGCUCGACAUGCGUCGGGAUGUCCAGGAAAUUUUUCGCAUGACCCCCCACGAGAAGCAGGUCAUGAUGUUCAGUGCCACCUUGAGCAAAGAGAUCCGCCCUGUCUGCCGCAAGUUCAUGCAAGACCCAAUGGAGAUCUUCGUGGACGAUGAGACGAAGCUGACGCUGCAUGGUUUGCAGCAGUACUACGUGAAACUGAAGGACAACGAGAAGAACCGGAAGCUCUUUGACCUUUUGGAUGUCCUUGAAUUCAACCAGGUGGUGAUCUUUGUGAAGUCUGUGCAGCGCUGCAUCGCCCUGGCCCAGCUCCUGGUGGAGCAGAACUUCCCAGCCAUCGCCAUCCACCGCGGGAUGCCGCAGGAGGAGAGGCUUUCUCGGUAUCAACAAUUUAAAGAUUUUCAACGACGAAUUCUUGUGGCCACCAACCUGUUUGGCCGAGGCAUGGACAUCGAGAGGGUGAACAUUGCCUUUAAUUACGACAUGCCUGAGGACUCGGACACCUACCUGCAUCGGGUGGCCAGAGCAGGCCGGUUUGGUACCAAGGGUUUGGCCAUCACGUUUGUGUCAGAUGAGAAUGAUGCCAAGAUCCUCAAUGAUGUGCAGGAUCGCUUUGAGGUCAAUAUCAGUGAGCUGCCUGACGAGAUAGACAUCUCCUCCUACAUUGAACAGACACGAUAG